CUACAUCCAGAACUCUCAGCCGUACCUGAACAACAUGACGGCGGUGGGCUGCAUGAUGGCGCUGGCUGCAGUCUUCCCGCUGGGGAUUGAUGGCCACCACGUCAAGAAGCCUCAGUUUCCUGUCGUCUGCCAGUUCCGCCUGUGGCUCCUGGGCCUCGGCUUCAGCUUGGCUUACGGCAGCAUGUUCACCAAGAUCUGGUGGGUCCACACCCUCUUCACCAAGAAGGACGAGAAGAAGGAGAGGAAGAAGCAACCCUUGGAGCCGUGGAAACUCUACGCAACAGUUGGAGUGCUGCUGGCCAUCGACUUCCUGUCUCUGGUGAUCUGGCAGAUCGUGGAUCCUCUGCACAUCACAGUGGAGAAGUUCACUAAGGAGGCUCCUAAAGGAGAUCUGGACGUCCUGAUCCAGCCUCUGCUGGAGCACUGCAGCUCAGAGAAGAUGAACACGUGGCUCGGUGUGGUUUACGGCUACAAGGGUCUGCUGCUGCUGCUGGGCAUCUUUCUGGCUUACGAGACCAAAUCUGUCUCCACCGAGAAGAUCAAUGACCAUCGAGCCGUGGGGAUGGCCAUUUACAACGUAGCCGUGCUGUGCCUGAUCACGGCUCCGGUGACCAUGAUCCUGUCUUCACAGCAGGACGCCUCCUUCGCCUUCGCCUCCUUAGCCAUCGUCUUCUCUGCCUACAUCACCCUCGUGGUGCUGUUUGUUCCCAAGAUGCGGCGCCUCAUCACCCGCGGCGAGUGGCAGUCGGAGCAACAGGACACCCUGAAGACCGGAUCGUCCACCAACAACAACGACGAGGAGAAGUCCAGGCAGCUGGAGCGAGAGAACAGAGAGCUGCAGAAGAUCAUCCAGGAGAAAGAAGAAAGGGUGUCUGCCCUCCGCAACCAGCUGGCAGAGCGUCAGUCUUUACGUAACCGCCGUCUCCCCUCUGCCGGCCAGAAUCAGAACCACAACGUCCUGCCACCUUCAUCCCAGCCAGACCCCAAGUCCCUGCUGCCCCCUCCGGGCUACCCGAACCCCACCACGGACAAUCACGCCCUGCCGCCCUCCUUCUCUAACUCAUCCAGCCUGUAUCCAGCUGACAGCAAGAUGAGCCGCAACCACUGUCACAACAGCCAGAUCCCGCUGCUCUACAAAUAGGCUGUAGGUUUGGGGGUCCUGGGUGGGGGGGUUCACAAUGCACAAACAGGGACACAAAACACAAUGAGACUCUGUGACGUUCACUUGUUUGAUGUGAUGACACUGUCUGACCUUAGGCUCGGGAGAAUCUCAUAUCAGGCAGGGGGCGGCUACGAAGGAAACCCCGCCCCCUCGUCUCGUCACAGUUUUCAUCUGACUGUCAGAAAAACUGAACCAAGACAAAAAGAAGCACAUCUGAGACCAGCUGGACACUACGAUCAAUAAUUAGUUUUUUUCCCCGUUCCGUUGUGGAGACAAAGAUCUGUAAAGGAAGCGUCCGUGUUCUCGUCUUUGCAGUUGUCGUCUCCACGUUUCGUCGCUCGACUCUGUUGACGAGAUUUUUCACAAAAAAACAAGUGGUGGUUAUUAUCGUUCUGUAAAAUUUGUCCCGUUGUUCUUUUAUAUGUCCACUUUUCAGGAGACUCAGAAAAGGACAAAGAAACUGUAUAGUUUUGUUUUGUUUACGUCUAAACAGACUCACAACUUGAUGAUGUGAUUCAUCAAACAGACGUAGGUUAAAGGUCAGGAGGCGGAGCUUGUUCGGGAGGAAAAACAACUGAACUUUUACAGAUUUAUGAAGGUAAAUUUUAGCUGAUGUAUCUUUUAAGAUUUGCGUGUUUUAUUUUAAGGGAUUAUUGCAAACUUUUAUUUUUACUUUUAAAAAGGUUGUAGAAAUAAAGACGGACGUAAAACAAGGUGAUAAUCUAUUUAGUCAGCAGUUAAUCUCAUGUUCUAUUUCAUUCAUCUGCUCCGUCCCGCAGCUGGUAGAAAACAAACUGAUCCCAUAUUUAUCUGUUUAUCUGAGCGUGCACUUUAACCUGAACAAACAUGUUUUUAGCUCAGGGUGGGAAUGAAAUAGUCCAUCUUUAUUAACUGAUCUGCUUCAGAAAGUGUAACAUAUGAGGGCAGAGGUUCUCCUGCACAUGUAUGCUCAUAAACAACAUGAACCUGGGGAUAUUUACAGUCACUAUAUCUAAAUGUUAAUAUAUUUCAGAGUAUGUGUAAUGCUAAUAUAUGGGUAACAUGAAUAAAAUCAUUCUUUUUCCACUUGA